AUGCGCAGUAGUGGCCAGAGUGUGGGAAUGAUGGCGUCUUCGGCUGCUCGCUGUUCCUCACGCUGGUUGACUGCGGUGGUUUCCUCCGGGCAACAGCACCGUGCGGCUUGCGUUGUUCUUUCCGCUGCCCGUGGCUCCAGCCGGGGCGUUUGCACUUUUGGAGCCGGGACGCUAUGGACUGGCACCGGAGGGAUUUCGCCGUGUGGCGGGGCUGGCAAAGGCUUGACAUUGAGAGGGCUGCCGGGUUUCAAAGCGCCCUUUUGCGCCUUUCACGCAAGCUCCUCUGCCAACAAUAAGCAGGACUUCUACCAGGUCCUUGGGGUACCUCGCACAGCGAAUCAAAAGGAGAUCAAGAAGGCCUACUAUCAGAUGGCAAAAAAGUACCACCCCGACACGAACAAAGACGACCCCAAAGCAAAGGAGAAGUUUGCUCAGCUGGCUGAGGCUUAUGAGGUCCUCAGCGACGAAGGAAAACGAAAACAGUACGACGCGUACGGCUCGACUGGAUUUGAUACGGGACAGACCGGCGGCAGACAGCAGUACUGGUCCGGGCAAACCACCAACGUCAACCCGGAGGAACUUUUCCGCAAAAUAUUCGGAGAAUACUCCGGAGGACGUGGAUUCGGGGACUUUAAUGCCAUUUUUGAUCAGCCGCAAGAGUACAUCAUGGAGUUGACGUUUACUCAGGCGGCCAAGGGCGUGAACAAGGAGAUGUCCAUCAACACGGAAGCAGCCUGCCAGCGCUGUGACGGGAAGGGCCACGAGCCGGGCACCAAGGUCCAGCACUGCCACUACUGCAACGGAUCCGGCAUGGAGACGGUAAAUACGGGCCCGUUCGUGAUGCGCUCCACAUGUCGGCGCUGCGGCGGCAAGGGAACGGUCGUUUCCAACCCGUGUCACACCUGCCGCGGGACCGGACAGACCAAGCAGCGGAAAACCGUCAUGGUGCCCGUACCUGCCGGAGUGGAGGAUGGCCAAACUGUGCGAAUGCCUGUCGGAAAGAAGGAAAUCUUCAUCACGUUUAGGGUCCAAAAGAGUCCGGUGUUCAGGCGGGACGGCGCCGAUAUCCACUCGGAUGUUUACGUCUCGGUGGCGCAAGCCAUUCUGGGUGGCACGGCCAGGGCUCAGGGCCUCUACGAAACGCUCAAUUUAUCUAUUCCCGCCGGCGUCCAGACCGACCAAAGGAUUCAUCUGGCGGGCAAAGGAAUCGCCCGCGUCAGCGGUUACGGCUUUGGAGAUCAUUACAUCCAUAUUAAAAUUAAAGUACCCAAGAUGCUGACAGACCGACAGAGAGCUCUCGUCAUGAGUUACGCCGAGGACGAGGCGGACGUGGAAGGAACGGUUAACGGCGUCACGGCCACCGCCGCAGGUUUGUGCAAUGUGGAAGUAAAAGGUCUUCCUGGACAUGAGAGCGCCGGGAGCAGCGUGUCGUCCCGCGAGGACAAGGAGAUCCCGUUCUGA